UGAAUGAUGCUUCAUCUAUCAUAUUUUUAAUUCUUCUUGUGGUUAUCACUGAUCUGAUUCCUGUGAUAUUCUAAUUAACAAAGUUACAAAGAAUCAGUCCCCCGAAUAAACAAAUCUCAUUGAUUUCUCAGUGAAUUAUCAACAUCCCACCAACCAAAAACCAUUGUCUUGCAGAUGAUUCUCAUUGUCGCUCCUUAGUUCCCUCUGCCCACCAAAUCAAGCAGCGCCGUCCUCCUGCCGGCAGCCGGCGGGAUCCAGGCGGCACACAGAUCAAAGAUGCCGCCGGAGCACGCCGCGGACGGCGACAAGCCGCUGGUGCUGCUGGCGCAGCCGCUGUUCCUAAACUUGGCGGCGGCGCUGGAGGGCCGGUACCGCUUCGUCCUGGCGGGGGAGGCGGACGCGGCCACGGCGGCGGAGGCGCGGGUCCUGCUCGUGCCGGGGCUCGUGCCCGUGCCCGCCGAGCUCAUCGACAGGUUCCCGGCGCUGGAGCUCGUCGCGGCGACCUCCGUGGGGUUGGACCACGUGGACCUCGCCGCCUGCCGCCGCCGCCCCGGGCUCGCCGUCACCAACGCCGGCGCGGCCUUCUCCGUCGAUACCGCUGACUACGCCGUCGGCCUCGUCGUUGCUGUGCUGCGUAGGGUCGCUGCCGCCGAGGCGCACCUCCGGCGCGGCGCGUGGGCGACGGAGGGCAAAUACCCGCUCACCAGUAAGGUGAGCGGCAAGCGCGUGGGGAUCUUGGGGCUGGGCAGCAUCGGCGCGCUGGUGGCGCGGCGCCUCGCCGCCUUCGGCUGCCGCAUCGCCUACAGCUCCCGCGCGCCGAAGCCGUGGUGCCCCUACGAGUUCCACCCGACGGCGCGCGCCCUCGCGGCGGCCAGCGACGUGCUGGUGCUGUCGUGCGCGCUGACGGAGGAGACGCGGCGCGUGGUGGACCGGGGCGUGAUGGAGGCGCUGGGCGCGGGCGGCGUGCUCGUCAACGUCGGCCGCGGCGGCCUGGUGGACGAGCCGGAGCUGGUGCGGUGCCUGCGGGAGGGCGUCAUCGGCGGCGCAGGGCUGGACGUGUACGAGGACGAGCCGGAGGUGCCGCCGGAGCUGCUCGCCAUGGACAACGUCGUGCUGUCGGGACACAGGGCCGUGCUCACGGCGGAGUCCUUGCGUGGGGUGGCGGAUCUCGUCGCCGGAAACCUCGAGGCCUUCUUCGCCGGCAGGCCGCUGCUCAGCCCGGUGACGCUGUCAACUCUCUGAACCACAUGAGAUGAGGAUAUACCCCUGUGGAAUAUAAUAAUCCCGGGGGAAAAAAUUUCCUGUGGGGACCACCUUAAAUUAGGUGGCCGCUAUAAAUUUGUAACACAUGUGCAUAUGCACACAUCGUGCAUAGUACGUGAGAGUUUAGUUUUCUUCUAUGAAAUUUAAAAUUUAUAAGCAACAGUUGUAUGCGCUGGAUGCAUAUUCACGGAGCCUAUCCCCAUUUAUUACUAGAUACAGUAGUACUGUAGUUCAAAGUUCA